AACGCAUCGUAAGAUCGUUGCCUGAACCAGAACCAUCAAGUACCUACUGUACCUUAAUUCUCCUCUCUCACUCCCACUCCCCCGUCCGCAAAAAUGUCCACUCCCAUCGACAAAGCCCUCAACUCCAAGAACCUCUUCAUCGGCUUCGCAGCUCUCAUCACAGCAGCCACAGCCUGGUCAGUAUGGGGUCAAGAUAUGUUCCCAGCAGCAUCCUCCGACUCGAAAUCGGAAUCGGCAAAUACCACCACGCAACCGGAAACUUGGAGUGAGGCGGAAUUGCGAAGGUGGCUUAAGAAGAGGAAUUUGCCGAUUUACGACACAGAGUCGCGAAAGGAUUUGUUGAAGAGAGUUCAGAAUAUUCUCUCAAACCUUCACGCGAGUUCUCCGCAAGGGGAUGCAGGGAAGCCGGCAUCAGAUGGGGAGUGAGAGAAGCGUGCGUGGAUGAUGUUUCUGUGUAAUGUGUGAUGAAGACGCAAUGUGAUGUGGUUUUUUUCAAUUUCACUCUGGUAUUACUUCAGUUUCAGUCUACCACCACCGACCGUAUGGAACCUGCGUUGCUCGUGAGAGCUCGCUCUGUCCAACGCUUAGUGCGCAGCUUGAUCGCAGCAUGUUCAAGAUGCCAUGCCGCAGAAACAGAGUAUCGCAAGUAGUAUCAAGCCUCUCGUGUGAAACCCCCGUCCAACGCCAGACUUUUUCAAGCAAGAAUCGACAUCGUGCCCAAGCCGGAGUCGCAAAGACAGAGCCAUCUAGUCUUCCUCGCUGUCCACUCCACCCUGAGAGAAUUUCUCGACCUGGACGCCUCCUCCAACAGAAAUUUAAUCGCCGCCAGCGUCAGAGUCGGGGGCAUCCCCGUCCUCCUGCUCACUGUCUUCCUCAUCGUCUUCCUCGUCAUCUUCAUCAGCAGCAGCCAUCGCUUUCAGAGCUGCGAUUUGCUCCUGCUGAGCGCGCUCUUCCUCCUCGAGCGCCUGUAGCUCCUGUGCGUUUGCCUCGUACUGGGCCUGCUUCUUCUCCGCAGCUUUCUGCGCCUUCUUGGCGGCUUUGCGCUCCAAUCGCUCCUGAUGCUCCUUCAUGAGCUUGGCGGUCAAUUGACGGGUUUCCUCCGCCUUGCGACGCGCCGCCUCCACAGCGGCAGUGUUGUCGACCAACAGCCGAGCUUUCUUGCCGAUGACAUCGGGAGUGGCGGAUUGGGAGGCCGAACGCUUGAGAACAUUGGCGGCUGCCGAAAGAGCGGGACUGGGCAUUGGGGUGGGCGGUUUUUCGACAGUCGGCGCAACCAUGGGUGCAGGUGGCGGCUUGUUGCGAUGCUGUUUCGGCAUGACAAAGAUGGUGUCUUCUUCGUCUUGCUCAUGCGCAAUGGCUGGCGGCAUGUGUUGAUUUCUCAACGUGAUCUGCUCGGUGGCUUCUUCGAACUCUGAGAUCUGCAUGAUUCGGGAGUUGUAUUCCUUCCUCAAACGCAUUCGGACUGAGCCGUUGGGUGGGAAGCCUCGCUCUUUGGCGAUCUUGUUGAAGUAUUUGCUGGUUUCAAGCCGAGUGCACCCGUCCGCGCCGAUGAACUCAGUGAGUUCAGCCUGCGCUGGCAACUUGCCAAGGUGCUGCUCAAAAGUGGCCAUAUCAAGUGAUUCCGUUACUGGUGGCAUCGUGGUGUUGCCUAAAGAAAAAGGUGUGACUGAAGAGAAGCGAGUGACUGAAGGAGUAUCAGUCACAAAAAGUGAGUCGCUAGCGUCGUCUUCGCUGAAAGAGGCUGCGCGUUUGGCUGAAGUGAGCGGGUCCAGCCAGCGCGUGUUGCGAUCACUUGUUGCUAGGUUACCUGUGUUGUCAAGUCUGUGUGCGACGCCAUAAUAUUGCCCCUCAUCAUUCGAUUCUCGACGAGCAGGGCGGCCAACUGCCUGAAGGGGCGGCUGCUUGUUAGUUAUCUGUGCGCUGAAGUCACCUCCAAGCUUAGAAUACUUUGUCAUGUUCCGCAAGGCGUCAGUCGCACGGGGCUGCGCAUCCCAGGCCGGCGCAUCGAUCAUCUCGACGGCCUCGGAAAGGUCUUCUUGGGGCGGGUUGAGCUCGCGGAAUCUUUCGGUACGCAGUAUGCAGCCAGCAGCGUCAAUGCUAGCCUGCUUCCGAUACCAGAAGAUGAAUCGGGCCCAUGGCUCGAUGCCGUAUCGCGUUUCUACGUUCCAGUGAUUACGGUGAAUCCUGCUUCGCUUUUGCGGGAUCUUGUCUGGUCCGGUAUGUCGAAUUUCGAUGGCGCAGUCAGGCUGAACUCCGCUGGCGCGUACAGGCUGUGCGCUGCGUAAAAGCCAACCUCCUCCAUUGAUAUCCCACUCUGGGUCGAAACGGUGCUCGUGGCUCUCGUUCUGCACGUUUGCCAGGAUUUGAAUGCUGCCCACGCCCGGCCGGUCAAGGCUAUCAUCCUCGUACUCUAUAGCUGAUAGGUCCACCAUCUCCCCAAGUUCCUCCACAAACAUUUCUGCAUCCCAGAUAUCCAGCGGCCCUUCGAUCCGCGAGGUCCAGCCUGCCUUCUCAGGAGGACAGUCGUAAGCUCGCUCGAACUCGAGCGCACGGUUCGAGUACUGAGCAGCUUCCUUUUCGAGGAU